GUUUGGAGAACGUCAAACUUUCUUUGCCACAGAGAGAAUGAGAGGACGGGGACAAGAAUGUACAGCGAGAACUUGCAGAACUCGGACAGAAGUGAAUUACUGGAUCUGAACACCUGAGUAGGUAAAGAAGCACAGCUGCACAAGCAAAGAAGAAACACUACUACCAUGAAUGCCCAAGACUUGUAUGACAAUGUGCUGCAGGGAAGAGAGUCCCAAGAGUGACACCACCAUUGAUGAGACACCCGAGGACAACCUCUGGCUACAACUGGGCUUUACUGUGGACUCUGAGACAGGUAGAAGGCCGACCAUUGGAGAGCCUGCGCACCAAGACAGCCGGCUCCCCCCCCCUACUGGCAGGCUGGUGGGAGGGGGCAGUUUGGAUCAACACCACCUGGGCUGCAGUGUCCCUGGCCCAGUGGAGCGAAGGGGGGUGUCCCAUCAACCAGUACAGUGUUGUCUACAGACAAACCAGUGCUGUUACCUGGAUUGUGGUAUCCAAGAGGGUGGAGGGGGGCCGGCCAGUGUGAUAGGGGGCCUCACACCCUCCACCCAUUACCUGGUGCAGGUGACUGCUUACAACUCUGCUAGGAGCUACUCCAGGGCUACUCCACCACCAUGCCCCUUCCUGGAGGCCCCUCCUCCCCUGGGUUAGUGAUGCUUGGGGUGGCCAUGACAGAUGUGAGGGUUCUGCUGCCCGUGGUUGCCUCCUCCCUGUCUGCUGGCCACUCUUGUCACCGUUUGUGUUUGUGUCAGGAGGAGACCUUCAUCUCCGGAUAAACAACAGGUCGGAGCUCACAGUCAUGUUUGUGGCUUUCUUCUGCUCCACCAGUAAGAGGGGAAGCUGUUUUUUUGUCUACAUAUAUACAAGUUUGACUAAGCACUGUUACAAACUGCAGCUGUCUGUCUUCAGGUGGACCAUUACUGCCCCGACCCAACACUUGCAGCGCAGACCUUCAGACCAGUACACGCACUUCCGCCAGUGAUGCUGUGUUGUGUGAGUGUCUGACGGCAUUCUUAGAGAUGGCUGGGGACCGUCGCGUGGCUGGGUCACGAGCAGACCACGGUGGAACUCGUGGAUGAAAACCUGUGGGAGGAUUGGAAUAUGGAGUUGUGGGGUUGCUGGGACUGAGCUGAAUCCACUUACAGGGAUAAAAAGUAGUUGAAAAAUGAAUUUAUUAGUGCAAGGUGAGGG